UGCCAGUGCCACUGCAAGUAAAUAACUCUUGUUAAAACAAAUUAAAUUUUUAUCGCUUGAAGCUUGGUUGGAAACGUUAUAUGUUCACAACAUAUAACUGCUUUUACCCUAAAGCACAGGCAACGUAUUAAAACAAGCGUCGGAAGAUUCACAAAAUAAAGCGAAAUGUCCGGGAUACUGUUCGAGGAUAUCUUUAAUGUAAAAGAUAUGGACCCAGAAGGGAAGAAGUUCGAUCGUGUCAGUAGAUUACAUUGCGAAUCCGAAUCGUUCAAAAUGGAUUUGAUACUAGACAUCAACUCGUGGCUGUAUCCGAUGGAGCUUGGCGACAAAUUUCGGUUGGUUUUGGCCACAACGUUACACGAGGAUGGAACACCAGCCAGCAUGGAAUACAACGCAGCCGAAAUUGAGGGUUCGCGUGCGGAUAGCUUUGAGUACGUGAUGUUCGGCAAGGUGUACCGGAUCGAAGGUGACGAUGCUCAGUCCGAGUCGGCCAAUCGGCUGUCUGCCUACGUUUCAUUCGGUGGUUUGUUAAUGCGACUGCAGGGCGACGCAAACAAUCUACACGGGUUUGAGAUUGACCAAAACAUGUAUCUGUUGAUGAAAAAACUAGCCUUCUAAAAGCUAAUUUGGAUAGAAUUAGGAAACGAUUUAUAAAUAAACACAGUAAGUA